AUGCCUGUCUACGAUUAUAUCAAGCAUAUUACGCCGCUAACUCCACCUGAGACUGAGCUUGAUUCGCAGCUGACGACUACACCACUGGCAGGUCCCGUAGGAACGGGAGGAGAAUACGACUCGGGGAUUUCUCAUUCAUUGAUAUCACCGCCCGAGCGACCAGGAUCCCAAUUGCGAAGAACCUCGACGUUGGCUUAUCAUAAUACCGGUUUACGCGACACUCGCGAUCGUUCUCUUCACCGAGUGUCGAGGCAUUUGGUUGUCGUUGUUCCUCCCCCAGACUUUCCUCCAGAUCAUAGGCAUGUUUCAUCUCUGGGACCACGAGAGCGCUUGUCCCAGGGAAUUCUGAUGCCCCUCUUUCCCACUAUGUAUGGACAGCUUACUGCCAUUGCUCGCGAGUUUAGUUUCCCUAGCACUGCUGGCCUGUGUCUCUAUCUUCACAUUAGUGAAAACGGGAUCACCAUGACACCUCGUAUCUCUGAUGACUCGUGGCAGUAUCUAUGGGGUCACCUUUUCGAAGCACGUUCCCCAUCAACUAUUAACCACCAGUUGCCUAUCAGUGGCCGAAUAGAAUUCGACAUCGAUGCAGCAAAAGCCCGAUGGUAUGAUGCUUGGAUCUCUGCGUCUUUACGGGACGCCGCAGAUGUUAUGGAGCAUUCUCAGAUUCAUCCUUCUCACUGGCGAGGUGAUAGCCGGACUACCUUUGCCGAAGGGCACGGCAGUGACGAACGAUCGGAAAACAACUCCGUAGUGCAGCAUUCGGUUGCUAAAUCCAAUGCCACUCGCCAUGUUCCCAGAAAACUCUCACUUGUCGAUCGUCUGGACACACUUUCCCUCCUUUCUGGUCCCAAACCAUCGCAACAUGUUGAUAUUUCACCGCCCGCUGUUCAACUUACGCAUGCGCUGUCACCGAUCCCUCAGUCCGCUGCACCGCAAUCGAGUCAUGUAGAUCUAGAAAGACGUGUAAAUACAUGGAGAGCGAGUGCUAGGCUGGCACCAACACCACUCAUAUCCGCUUAUCAGCUUAGCAUGGGAGCAGAAGAUGUACCGGCCUCAGAGGUUUUGAAUGACUCGCCGCAGGAGGGUGAAGGUGUUGUAUCUAUCCCUGAACUCAACUUAGAUGAUUUUAGUUGGUCUAUCUCUUCAAUGGGACCUCCCAGCGACCUACCUGAGUCGCCAUUGUCUCCAUUUCGUGUCCCAUCGGUACACCUCGAUCGCAGGUUAGAAGGAUCUAUGGUCUUAACUCCGACGACGGCUACAAGCUGGGGUCCUCCCGACGACGAUUGGAUGUCGGUUAUCUCGAACAUCAUUCGACUCCCUUCUCCUGAUCUUGGCCAACGUAUGGUCGACGACUAUCCUCCUACGCCUUCCACUGCAACCAGCUGGGGACCUCCUGACAAUGACUGGUAUUCUGUAGCGUCAGAUUGCAGUCGCUUACCUUCUCCUGAUCUGGGGCAGCGUAUGCUCGAUGAUACUGAUGCCCCAACCGAGUUGCGAGCUGUGGCGGCAGCAUCUGCUACCCAUCUCACUGACCCCUGGAAAGGUACCCCCUGGCCCCAUGUUUGGCCUUAUAUUGAACGCAGCAAGAGUGUUACAGUUAAGCCUACAACAACGGACGCUUCGGGAGAUGUUUUCGGUAGAUAUCCAAAUCUCAAAAUAUCUGGAGGAGUCGCGUCUGAGAAUUUUCAGCCUAUUGUGGAAAGUCGCAGCACAUAUCCAAACUUCAAAAUAUAUCCUGACGUAUAUCCACAUUUUGACCUCUAUCCUGCUCCAGCUGGAGGAGUCGCGUCUGAACAUUCUCAGCCUAUUGUGGAAUAUCGCAGCAUAUAUCCAAACUUCAAAAUAUAUCCUGACGUAUAUCCAUAUUUUGACCUCUACCCCGCUCCAGCUGGAGGAGUCGCGUCUGAAAAUUCUCAGCCUAUUGUGGAAUAUCGCAGCAUAUAUCCAAACUUCAAAAUAUCUGGGGAUGUUUCUAUGAAAAAAGCACAACCUGUUGCCUUAGUGGAAGGGAGUUACAGUAAAUAUCAAAACCUCAAAAAUUGUCCUGAUGCGUAUCCUAAUUUUGAUCUCUAUCCCGCCAUUGUUGGAGCAGGCCCGUCUGCCACAAAGUUACAGCCUGCUGGUUCUCAGCUCGUUGACUCUCAUAUGCAUUACCCUUCAUUGAAUAUUUAUCCUGCGGUCUAUCCUCACUUCGACUUGUAUCCACCAGUAUUCCGAGCAGGAGAGAAAAAAUCGCAGCAAAGUUUAUCCGAAUUGAAACCGAAGGAACACAUUGACAUAUCCCUAAGACCAGGGUAUCCCGUGUUCGAUAUUUAUCCUGCCCAAUAUCCUUUCAACUUGGACGUGAUUUAUCCUGCUACUCAUUCAGAGGAGCGCCACAGCUCCGUGCGACUACCUGCACAUUACCCGUGGUUUGAUUUGUACCCCUCCGUUUACCCAUUUGUCUCGCCAUAUCAUGUUCUCUGUCCUGAAACAUUGCAGCCACAGCGGGACAAGGUCCGAACAUCACAAUAUCCGGACUUUGACAUCUAUCCUGCAUUCAAGCACAGCUUCAUCGAUGUUAAACAUUAUGGCCAGAAGAUAGAGCACCCAAGUGGCAUCGCUUCCUCUCCUACAGCAAGUAACGUCCAAGCCGUCACAGUCAAGCUAGCUGUUCAUUACCCGUUGUUUGAUCUAUACCCUUCGGUAUAUCCCUUCGUAGAACCGUAUCCCAAGCUUGGCCAGUCUACUUCUUCCACUGUCGACAAGGAAAUGGAUGAUGGAUCGUUAAAUGUGAAAAUUCACACCGCUUAUCCUGUUUUUGAUAUCUACCCUUCUGUCUAUCCAAACUUUGACAUCUAUCCAAGGGUUAUCGAAGUUGCAUCUCCCCCUAUGAAUACCGACUAUCGCAAGUCGGAUCUGCUCAGCGUUCGUUUAGAUAUGACUUAUCCUAAUUUUAAUCUUUAUCCCGCUAUCUAUCCAGCCUUUGAGCUGUAUCCCUCUGUACUGGCUGCAGAUGUCUCACUCUUCUUGCCUCAACCAAAAUCGAGUCUUCCCGUUGAAGGAACGAAACUUACCUAUCAUUACAACCAGUUCAAUGCCCGAGAGCUGCCUACCAAACUUCCAUCUUACUAUCCAAAUGUUAAUCCUUAUCCCACUGUCUAUCCCAACAUUGAGCUCUACCCUCCUGUCUCUCCUCAGCCCAACAAGCGCCGACCUGAAAUACGUGUAGGAGUGAAAACACUGUACCCGACACUUGUCAUCUACCCUGCGGUCUAUCCGUAUUUUGACUUAUAUCCAGGUCCCCGGAAACAAGAAGUUCCGAACAGUAGUUCAAUACUCGACCGACCUUCGAUUUCACUGGAAUUAAAAUACCCUACUUUUAAUAUCUAUCCAGCCGUUUAUCCUCACUUCGACAUAUAUCCCAGUUUAUCAGCGGGAAUAGACACAACGGUCACAACCAGGGAGAUAGAGCCAAUUUCAACGAGAUUACCCGCGUGUUACCCCAUCAUCGAACUCUAUCCCCCGGUCUAUCCUCAUUUUGAAAUUUACCGUUCAAUACCUGUGGAAGGCGAUGCUUGUUCAGAUCCUGCCGUGUAUCCCUUCAUUGAGAUAUAUCCUUCGGCCCCUGUCUUAGAUACGAGUGCCCCAGUAUUUGAUUCCAAAAAUAUCAGAAAUGGCACCUCCAGAAGAUCUAGAAAGACUCAUUCCGACCUCCAUACAGCUGUCAUGAAAGAGGAACGUCCACUGGCAAAGAGGCAAAUUAAAACGCACCAUCAUUUACAUUUCGAGGUUUUCCGAGAUGAUGUCGUCUGGACCCCUAACUACUCGCCUUCGCCCAUCACAUUCGACGGAAGGCUUGCUAUCCAGGACAAUUCGUGGCCGUUCUGGUACUGUCAGCCACCGACCAACCCUUGUUUCGAAUUUGCCGACAUUCCCGCGACCAGACUCGGAAGCUGUGUCAUCGAGCUCAACUACUGAACCUCCUACGUCGCCUUCACGAAGUACUGGGCAGCGUCCAUUGCCGCUCACCAGGUCGUAUGGAGCGCUGUUGGGGCCUUCAGCGAUUAUAGAAUCGCACAGAAAUGCUUCAGCUACAAAGGCUGCCAAUGGUCCCACUUUUCUGAAAUCAGAUCUUCGAAGAAACGUGACGCUUACUCUCCCUCAGCAGCCAGCUAGAAGCCCCACAUCGCCAACAUCGCCACCAGGCCGUCCUAGAUCAACCAUUCUGCCAACAAGGUUGCCUAUCCGCCCUGUUACUAAUAGUAAUCGUGAUCAGCCAACGCCGAAGCCUAUUACUUCGCACAACCGAAGGGAAAGCCUGGUGCUGCAACGAGCCAGGGCGUAUGAUCAAGGUACAGUUUCAACGACCCCUAGGGAACCUGAAACAUCCGUUAGUAGUUCGCUUCGAACGUUGUCACAGUUUCCUACACUAUCUCGCCCUCACUUGCCUUCUACUUCUCCUGCAGCCAAGUUGGACCGCUCCAAGUUCCCUUUCUCGUAGAUGAGGGACAAACAACUUCCUCAGAUCUCUCAUGAAGCUUAAUUUUGUUAUCAAUAGUAUAGGUCAAAGCUACAUAGAUCCAAGCAUUCAUUUACACAUUUGCAGUGACAUUAUGUAAAUCCCAUGAGUUGAGAUAUCAAUCAUUGUAAGGAGGUGGGCUAUCUACGUUUCUAUCAGAAGAAGUCAGUGUUUGGCCCACUCCCGGCAUUUCAGUUUGCAAGUCAACACUGGGAGAUGGCGAAGAUGCUUGAAUUGGCGUCAACGGUGACAUGGGACCGUCAUCUUUUCGAGAUUCUCUGUGUUGUCGUUCUCUUUGAUCGCGCAUCUUUUUUGUCAUGCGGUCAUCCAGGAAAGCAAGUUUCACCUAUAUACUAGUUUUAGCAAUGAUAUUGGUCUUCAUGACGGAAUACUUUGCAUUUUGUGCGGCUGCCUCAAUUGCAGCUUUUUCCUCCUUUUUAGAUCGUUGGGCGCGCUCUUGCUUUUGAGACUCGAGGUCGACGGCUUCCCUCAGUAUGGCAGCACCCAUCCUUAGCUCUGCCAUCUUCCGUGGGUUGAAUACAUAUAUUGGCUGAAACUCCUUGACCUGUCAGGGGCGAAAUCCAAGCUAGGUAACAUUGGGAUGCAAAAGAGAUUUUGAGUCAGCUGCAUUAAAAGUUAUACUAGUAGUGAUUUACGGACUGCGAUGGCAUAUUCGAGAGUCCCUUUCGGUUCUAUCAAACGUCGUCUGAUUGUAUCGUUUGUAGCCUUGAACUGCUGAAAUUUGAGAUUAUCUGG